AUGGUCCUGCCUGCAGAGCCGUUCGCUGCCCCAAAGGCAUGGGUCUUCCGAAGCAGUGGAGGCAGCCUGCCAUGUGCACAAAGCUUCCAGAGAGUUGUGAGCACAUCUUAUCCAAGUAGUUCUUGGCCCUUCACUCCGCGCAUCGCAGCUCCAGUGAAUGGUGCAGCUCCGGGCCAGGUGGUAGUUGUUCGAGAGCUAUCUCCUGGCAGACCUUUGGGAGCACCCAUGGCCACUCAACGAGCCCUAUCGCCCACAUUGUCCACUGUGCAUGUGGCGCAUCACCAGGCAGGGUGUCGUGCCGACGGGCAAGUGUCCCCGCCGCUCAUGGCACAGCCCAGAUCAUUGUCUCCUCCGAUAGCUGCAAGGCAAGCACACACACCUGUCAUGCCAAGCCAGGUGCAGCAGGUAAUUUCGCCACGCCAGCUCGCACCAAACCAAGUGCAAAUUCGCCCAGUUCAUCCUUCCUUCGGUCCAAUACCGUCACAAGAGCGUGCGUUGUCACCCUUGGGUUUGCCACCCGUGCCCGUCUUUCAGUCCAAGCUUCCCGAGGGCACGCCUGAAAGAUGUGCAUCACCCCGCCCAGUGCUGGUCAAAACUGUGACUCCUCGGGGUCCAGGACAAGGACCGCGCACUGUCAUACAGCAUCCAGUGAUGGUCACUCCAAGGUCGGUUCCAAUGGAGCCUUCUUCCAAGAGCGGUGUCCCAACACCAGGGCGGCGAGAACUGAGACCUCCGCCCAAAGCAAGUGUACGCAACGCAUCUCGGCCACCAGCACCAGCUCCAAAAAGUGCAACACCGGUGCCCAAGCGCUCAGCUUCAAAGGGCGCCAAGGCAGCUCCAUCAGUUGUUCCACCCACACGGGUGCACCUCAAGGGAGCUUUGAGUCAAGAACCUCGUGAUCUGACGGCAGCAGGGCAGUUGCCCCCAAGCUCCAGCAAAGAUCAGGCAGCUGGCACUCCAGCUUGGGCUGAACAGGACCCUUGCUUCACUGCUUUUACUGGAAUUCUGGGAGAGCCUGGUGCAGUGGAUGCAUUGUGUCAGCAACUUCUCUCAAGGCUGCAUGCUGGAAGUUCGGUGCGCUGGGAGGAGUUGGUGAACCUAAGCCCAGGGACAAUCUUGUUGGAGCUUGGAGUUGGCGUGGCUUCCUCUCCAACAUCCUCUCGCAAAGCAGUGAAGACAGCUCAGGAGGAGGACUUAAAGGAUUUGAAAUGCCAAGGUUGGUGGCGAGCCCUACUGGCAAGACAUAGCUUGUACGGUCCAGGAGAUGUCAUUGGGGCAGCCGAGUUGUCGGAGCUGAUCGGGGCCGCCCUGCGCUACAUGCGAGACAGAUAUGCCCCAUCAGCGUUCUUACGCAACCUUCGCACGGUGCAUUGUGGCUCGAAGAAGCUUAAGGAGCUCUAUGGCAGCUUCGAGUUUUAUUCGCGCGGCAUGCAAGGAAAGAGUUACAGGUGCAGAAGCCGGCUCACACGCGAAGAGCAUAUUUGCAGACAGGUUUGCAAGGACAAAGUUCCCGCUCCGUCUGAUCUUGUCAGAGCAGAGGUGGAGAUGUUGAGAAGCCUAGAGCAUCCAGCUAUACCACAGGUUAUUGCAAGCUUUGAGGAUUUCAACAACAUCUACAUAGUCCUCGAACCUGUGGAAAGCAUAGAGUUGGUGAACGUUUUGCAGCAAUGGCACCAAACUGGUCAAGGGCUCAGUGUGGGCUGGCUCGCUGAGAUUGCCCGCCAGCUUCUGGAAGCUUUCCGUCACUGUCAUGAACUACGGCCGCACAGCCUGGUCCAUGGGGACUUGCGCCUGACCAGUCUUCUCAUCUCUGCGAUGACGGAUGCAAAAUGUGCACCGCAGUUGGUUCUAGCUGACCUGGGUCUUGCUGGGCUUCCUCCGGCCCCACCUCCUCUCAAGCCCGACAAAGUGACCAGCCAAGCUGAAGACUGGAGCCAGUGCCCAUGUCCCUUGCUGGAUGUUUGGUCUUGCGGAUGUUUGAUUUUCAUGUUGCUGUCAGGUCGCCAUCCCUUCAAUGGUGACCCAGGAGGUCGUUUGGUGCCUUCUGCACUGAGCAUGGCAUCAGCACCACCAGAGCCAGACUGGCGGAUGUUGCCUUCUGCGUCCUCAGCCUCUCUCUGCGCACAAAUGUUGUCCUGGGAGUUAAAGGCUCGCCCUUCUGCCGCCGACUGUUUGCGACACUCCUGGCUUUCUGCAGAUGACUCGCACGAUGUCCCACUGCCUAUGGAGGCUCUGGGGAAUUUGCUGAAGUCGCACCACAAGUCGAAGCUGCAGGAGAUCACCGCAGGUCUUACCAUCUCUGAGCAAAUCUCUUCGCCUUUCUCGGCGAUUGGAGCUGCACUUGCUUUGCAACAAUCCUUUGCCGCCAGCGAAAUACCCGACCCUAGCAGCAGUGUGUCCAUGACAGAGGCAAAGGCAGCACUGUCUGGGCUUGGAAUGUCGGAGAAAGGCAUGGAAAAGGUAUUGAAAGCCUUUGCAGAUGAUGAGGGAAACAAAGUCAACCACAAGCUGUUGAUCUCGCAUUGCUCAGAGCUGGCAGAGGAUCUUUUGGACCAUGCUCUCUGGCGGGUCUUCACCGCCGCUGGUGAGGACCAUCGAGGAGUUCUCGGUGCGGCGGAGUUGGAGAAGGCUCUUGCAGAAAGUGGUGGGUCCGGAGCCGAUAAAGCCGGCGGUGAAGGCCCCGGCACUUUCGGCUCUGAGAUGAAGGCCAGCGAGAUUGUGCGACAGAUCGCACGUGGCCAGGAGGUCACCUUUGAAGAGUUGAAAGCGGCAAUCCUUCAGCGACAAUCAACACCCUACAAGUCAAUGCCAAACCAAUGA